UGAGGCGGGGCGGGGGGUGCUGGGCGGCGCCUGCCCCGCCCGGCGGGAAGGGAGGCCUCCCGGGCCGGCGGCCCUGCCUCUUGUCGCGGUCACCCCUCCGCGUUAGACCCGCCCUGGUUGUUUCUCCGCUUUACUCUGCGGGGAAACUCCUCUUCCCCCGUCACCUACCCGGGGAGUUUCGUCCCAGUUCUCCUGCGGUUUCCAGUCUUUGUGGUGUCCUUAACGGGUGCACAGGAAGCAUUUGGGGUAAAAACAAACAAACCCCAAAGUCCGUACUGUGCAGGCUGGGUGCUUGCUUGGAGGAGGCCCGUGGUGUGAGAGAUGUCUCCGUGUUUGCAAAGGGUCCGUGCUUGGACGCUGCUGCUGUAGCUGCUAAAGGAUCAUUUACCCACAUCGGCAUGUCUGUGAGACAGUGUUUGCACGCAGUAAAGUUAUCUGUGGAAAGAUGAUCUUUGCUGUGUUAAACUUGCCAUGGUCAUACCUAGUGAAUUAAGGAGACACAUCCUACAGAAGAAGUCAAGCUAAUGCUUAAGUAUGUGUAAUUAAAAAAAAAACACAAAACAAACCUGAGCUUGAAAGUGAGUUAUAAGCGGGUUUGGAUUGUAUGAAGCUUCAGUGGGUGUGAUUUGGAAUCCUUGUUACUGCCAUACCUGAAAAUUUUUGGCUUUGGAAUAGGGAGGGGCUGCAGGGUUGACCUGUUUGGGCAAAGAUAAUGAACUGCCUGGUACUGGUUGCAGCUGAAUCCAGCUGUCUCUGGCACCGAUGAAAACAACGCAUCACACCCCAAAAUUUCAAGCAGAAGGGCUCAUGGUACCUGUGCUCAAAUGCACUUAACAAAGAGCAGCAGCCACCACGGGCGGGAGACACAAAAGGACACACGGGAAGAGGCUCAUGAGGAGAUAUGUGAAGAGAUGCGCUUGCAGAAGAAUAUACUGGUCGAAAAUAAUGUAAAGAUGGACAAAGAUGGUCUCACUGAUCUCUAUAUUCAACAUGCCAUUCCCCUGCCUCAGCGUGACUUACCAAAAAGUAGAUGGGGGCAAAUGAUGGAAAAGAAAAGACAGCAAAAUGAGUUGAAAAGUGAGAAUAAAAGUGUUACAACGGUGGAAGGUUUAAGGAAACGGCCAUUAAUUGUAUUUGAUGGCAAUUCAACAAGUACGAGCAUAAAGGUGAGGAAGACAGAGAACGGAGCUGCUGAUCGCCUAAAACCUCCUCCAGCUGGAAGCACCACCAACACUGUUAGAAGAUUAUCAGUUCCUUCAAAUGCCUCAACAUACAUUUCAGCCUCCAGUUUAUCAGAGGACGCUAAGCUGGGAAUGAGGAAUAAUGAGGCUAAGCAGAACAAUAUUUCAAAGACUAACAGCAGUGUGUUGGCUAGUCUGAAGGUGUACCCUUUGUCUCCAGUCGCAGGAACUACUGUUGUGAAGUUAAAGAGAGCUGUUCCAAAAGAGGAAUCUGAUUUGCCGAAUGACCUAAAGCCUACGGAAGCAAAGAAGAAAAUCCAGCACGUUACAUGGCCAUGAAGUAGCUAGUGGUGCUUGAAACAUAAAUGUUACUUCCGUAUUUUCAAACAGAUAAGUCAUAUUUAAACAGUUUAAGUACAAUUCUUUUUAAACCUUACAGGGAUUCAGAUUGCUGUGAAGUUUUAACAAGUUUAAAAGUUCCCUGUUGUAAAGCUGGAGUUAUUAUCACCAGUCACCUUAAAAGUGUCUACUCUUAUACCCCAAGUAGCUCAUGACUUCUUUAAAAGCUGGUAGUAUUACAAUAUACUAAACUCCCCACUUCUAGUUUUCAAGAUUAUUAUAGUUCAUCUCCUGCAUGUCACUACAAUUCACACAUAUUAAUGUAUUUUUGUUUCAGUAAGAUUCAGUUUUAUUCCACUUCUGGUUAAAUAGUUAAAAUAGCAAUUGAGAUUCAGAGUGAUCCCAAGAGCCUUCUUCACUUUAAAAAGGUAAUUCAUUUAGAUGAGAAAACUGACCAUUGUGUUGAUAAGAUAGUCUGAGACAAAAUUUUUUCCUUUUUAUUGCACAGAACAGGCAGGAGUGUAGAAUUUACAGUGCAAGUUAGGUUGGUAAUAAGAGAUGAACUAUUUUAACAGCAUUACUUCAAAUUGAAGUUUCUCUUAUUGACGUAUGAAAUAAGAAAUGCACAGAUGGAAGUAUGUUACUAGACUGAUAGGAAUCUUUGAGAGGAAGUAGUGAAUGGAUUAGUGCCAUGUUCUCUUAAAUACACAGGCAUAUUUUACACAUGCAUAAGUGUAAAAAUGUGCUGAUACAACAAAUUUGCUUGCUUUCCUGGUUACAAUCAUGCUUAUAAAAUAUGGGGAAAACCUGUGGAAUGCAGGCCAGCGCUUUCUCAACUUACUAACAGUUGGACAGGACGACAAAGAAGUACCUUGAGAGCAUUAGCGUAUGUAGUUGCACUCAAAAAAAACCCCAACCUGUUUUCCCUUCCUUUGAUAAUUUAAGAUAGAUGUUGCUUUUCUGUGAAAUGUGGUGUUUCACCUGGAUUAUUGGUAGUACCUUGUAAGGCAGAAAUCCAGUUAAGUUGAUGGAAACAUUUUUAUUAAAUCUCAGUGGCUUGGGUGACACCAGUUUCAUUUUAGAUAUGGAUGGUAAAUAAUAAUAACACUUCCAGACUUAGUAUAACAAAAAGAAAGAAUGAAGUUCUGAAUCCACUUAGUUAAACCACUAAAAGAAGUUGUCAGUAGUGAUCUGAAAGCUUGUUUACAUUUUUAACAUUGGUUAAUAUGGAAACCAAAAACUGUAGCUUAAUUCAUUACUGACAGAAGUUCUCCAUUCACUGUUAUGACAUAAAAGGCACUUCUUGAAUGCUGUAAAAUGGUAAGAAUGGAUGUUUUGAAAUAUUGUGUGCUGUUUCCCUUUUACUAAACACUUGUGCAGUUUUUGUACUUGAGUACAGCAAACUUUAACGUAAUGUACAUUUUGUAUGUAAAGAGUUGUCUUUUAAGUAGCCUUAUCCUAUUUAAAUAAAUUCAAUUAAAAGCAAA